CAUCAUCGUUUGGGCCAAAAAGACUGUCCUGGGACGUAAACAUCCCUUUAAUGUUUAUAUAUUAUAUAUAUAAUAUUUCAACGCGGCUUGAAUGUUUUGCUGAGCGUCACAAAGCAACUGAAAAUGACGUUUUUGUUCCUACGAAUUCCUUUGGAGCGAAAUGUUUUAUCCUUCGAGUCGCUUUGUCCAGCCGGAAGUCUUUGACACUCACGUCUAACUUUGCAAGCUUUCACUGCAGUUCGUCUUGUAAAGUUGCUCAGUGAAGUCAGCUGAUUAGCAGACUGGAGGAUUGUUGUGGCAGCAUCACCAUGGAUCAGACCCAGGCCAUCACCAUCCAGGUCUUCUCUCUCAACUGCUGGGGUGUGCGCUACAUCAGCAAGCACUGUAGCCAGCGGUAUGACAUCAUCGCUGACACGCUGCUCAGAGAAGAGCACGACAUCGUCCUUCUGCAAGAGGUGUGGAGUGAGAAGGACUACCUCUUCCUGAGGAAGAAACUGGCCAGUAGCCACUCCCACUCUCACUACUUCAAAAGCGGAGUCAUCGGCAGCGGAUUGGCCAUUUUCUCCAAACACAGCAUCCAGGACACUCUCCUCUACCGCUACUCUCUCAACGGUUAUCCAUAUAUGGCCCAUCAUGGCGACUGGUUUGGAGGGAAAGCAGUCGGCCUGGCCGUCCUCAGCAUCGGCCCGCUGACCGCACACGUCUACGUGACUCACCUGCAUGCCGAGUACAGCCGCCACAAGGACGCCUAUCUCCCUCACAGGGUGGUCCAGGCCUGGGAGCUGCAGCAGUUCAUCCGCCACACGUCAGCGGGCGCAGACCUGGUGAUCCUGGGCGGAGACCUCAACAUGCAUCCCCAGGACCUGGGCACCAGGCUGCUGAGGUCUUACACGGGACUCAGGGACGCUUACACCGAGGCCCAGACAUUUGAGGGAUGUGAGGAUGGUCUGACUCUAGUACUAGACAACCCUUUUGUCAGCAAGAAGGAAGUGGCUCCUUUUGAGAAGGGCAUCAGGAUCGACUACAUCCUCUUCAAGGGUUCCUGCCAGGCAGACAUCCAGUGUACCUCCAUGAGCACCACCCAGGGCUCCAUCCCAGGACACCCUCUACCAUACUCUGACCACGAGGCCCUGACUGUGGAGCUAAGACUGGAGGCCCAGACUGCCAUGGAGGGUGGAGGUGACUCUGUGUCCACAAGUGGCCCUUGUUCAGAAGAUGUAGCUAAGGUGGUGGACAUAGUGACGGAGGUGCGCACGGAGGUGAAGGUGGGCAUCCACUGUGCAGAGAGGAUGCGCUCCACAGCCGCCCGCACAGGGACCAUGGGCCUGGCUCUGCUCCUGCUGGAGUUGGCCAUAGGGGCGGUGCCCUGGUUGGCGCUGGGGGCGGAGCAGACCUUCCCACUCACCUCCUUCUACCUGCUGGCGGUGCUGUGCUGCACCAUCCUGCUCAGCACCUCCAUGCUCUACAUCUUCUACACCAUGGAGCUCAAGUCCCUGCAGGGCACUGAGGACCAGAUGAGGCUGGCCAUGGGGGGUCUACAGGACAAGUUGUGGGGUUGUCGGUCUCCUGGAGCUCAGACCGCCUGCAGCCAGAGGAAACCUCCGGAAGGUUUGGAGCCCACUUUGUCCUGUGCAGAGGACCAAUAGGAGGUCUCUUCAGCUUCUAGACAUCCACUUAGCAUCUACACUAACCAUAUAUAUAUAU